AUGUCUCUAAUUACGAACAAUGAGGCAGCAUGGAUCCCCACAGAGAAAGGCCAAAUAAAAGUAGGACCAGGACCAACACCUAGCCCCAGAGAUAAUGAAGUAGUCAUUGAAGUAGCCUACGCAGCUGUCAACCCGACUGACUGGAAGAUGCAAGACAUCGCCUAUUUCAGCAUGCCCUAUCCCUGGAUCUUCGGUGCCGACGUCUCUGGCACCAUUGUCCAACUUGGAUCUGGCGUAGACCGUUUCAAGAUUGGACAACGGAAUUCUCACACGAAUUGUCAAAACACUGCGUUCCAAAGCUAUGCUACCUGCAGCGAGAUUCUCGUUUCUGUGGUUCCGGAUGACAUUCCACUCGCAAGUGCAGCAGUCCUUCUUCUUGCUACUUCCACAGCUGCUGCAGAACUUUUCAAAAUCUUAGGAAUGCCGCUUCCGGUGCUGGAUCCAAAGCCGGUGGGAAAGACGAUUUUGAUCUGGGGUGGAAGUUCAAGUUGUGGUGCCUCGGCAAUCCAAUUGGCAAAAGCAGCAGGUUACACUGUUGUUACCACUGCCAGCAUCCAAAACCACGACUUCGUGAAAAGUAUUGGCGCAACCCAUGCUUUUGACUAUAAAUCACCCACAGUUAUACAAGACAUCCUGGCGAUUCUUCAAACAGGCGAUGCCGUAUUCGACUGCAUCGCUCAAACUAACACGCAACACGCUUGUGCUGAAAUCGCUCAUAAAAUUGGUGCCAGCAAGUUUGCUGCUGUGUUACCACCUGUACCAAAUGAGUAUAAUGUUGAGCCUGUUAUGGUAAAUGGUUUAGAUGUAGGACUUGUAGAUUUCGAUAUCGGGGAUGCAGUAUGGCGGAAAUACGUACCGGAGGCAUUGGCCAAGGGAAAGUACUUGGCCAAGCCAGACCCGGAAGUUCUUGAGGGCGGAUUGGGAAGAGUGCAGGAUGGGAUUGAUCUUCUUAGGAAUGGCGUGUCGGCUAAGAAAGUUGUUAUAGAGAUUAGGAAGCAGACAUGA